ACUCUUGGGCGCUCGGGACCCAGGGUGCUGGGGCCGGGUUUCCCGGUGCCGCUCUCCGCCGCGCACCGACCGGAAGUGGUGUCUUGAGGCGGAAGAAGCUGCUUUCUGCGAGCCGCUUGUGCUGAGAGAACGGUGCACCUGGAAGAUGAUUCAUGCCAUUCUGGUUUUCAACAACCACGGGAAGCCGCGGCUGGUCCGCUUCUACCAGCGUUUUCCAGAAGAAAUUCAACAGCAGAUUGUUCGAGAGACUUUCCAUCUAGUCCUCAAGCGGGAUGACAACAUCUGUAACUUCUUGGAGGGUGGAAGUUUGAUUGGUGGCUCUGACUACAAACUGAUUUACCGGCACUAUGCGACCCUCUACUUUGUAUUUUGUGUGGAUUCGUCAGAGAGUGAACUUGGGAUCUUGGACCUCAUCCAGGUUUUUGUGGAGACCCUGGACAAGUGUUUCGAAAAUGUUUGUGAAUUGGAUUUGAUCUUCCAUAUGGAUAAGGUGCACUAUAUCCUUCAGGAGGUGGUGAUGGGUGGGAUGGUGUUGGAAACAAACAUGAAUGAAAUCGUGGCUCAGAUUGAAGCUCAAAACAGGCUGGAGAAAUCUGAGGGUGGCCUCUCAGCAGCCCCUGCCCGGGCUGUGUCUGCUGUGAAAAACAUCAAUCUGCCUGAGAUCCCUCGGAACAUCAACAUUGGCGAUCUCAACAUCAAAGUCCCCAACCUGUCCCAGUUUGUCUGAGGGUUGAGGCUUGGGCUGAACUGGAAUCCUGAAAAUAAGCAAAGCCAAGCAAUCCUGAAAGAAAACCCAUUUUGAGCCUUAGAAGAGUCAAACCUCAGGACCCUGGCCCUUUCUACCCUUCUGUUUGGGGAGAGCAUUUGGCAUGCAGUGGGGAAGGGUUGACAGUCUGUUCUCACUGUGCAGCCGUGCCCUUCUCUGAUGCCUAUGGCCACUUCAGAUGAAAGAAGAGGCCUCAACUUCCUGGUGGGCAGUGACAGCGCCCAAGCCACCUGCACCCCUUAUCUCCCGCAUGCAGCCAUUCCCAAGGGUUGGUGACUGUUGAGCAGGCCCACUUGUUUCUUAGAACCCCACCACUAGGAUAUUGCACAUUCUCUGACUGGAGUCUUCACCCUUAGCACCACAGAGCUUCUGAGGUCCUGUAGCCUUUCCUGUUGCUGGCCAGAUGCCAUAGGUAGAAAAGGGCUGACACUUCAGAUUUGAGGGUGUGGUGUUUAGCAAGCAAGGGCUGAAUGUUACGAAAACCAGUCACCUGCUGGCUUUCUAGGGUUGUUAUACCCAGAAUCCUUUUGGAUAGCCAAGCUUUCUGGUUACCACCUCCUGCAGAAUAUGUUUCCCCCACUGGCAUAGUCCCAGCUCUGUUUUCACACGUGUCCAAAUCAUGAACCUGGGUGCGUACCCACCACAUUUCUGCUAAUAGAGUAACCCCACCCCUACCCACCCA